CAACUACUUAAUCCUUUGUACUUAAACGGCAAGACAAGAAUACACAGAACCAAGUGCUGGGUUCAAUCCACAUUUAGCUUCUUUUCAAAAUUAUCAAAGGCAUCUAUGUUUCUUAUAUCUUCUUCUUCGUUCACAAUUCCUGUGUUUUACUGUUUCUACACUUUGUAAACAUAACCAGUGACAUUGUUACUUGUGGAUGAAAAUAUUAAGGAAAUUUAUUCAAAAUAGAAGAACUUCUUGAUUUUACGAGAAGAGUGAAAAGAGAGCUUUUUCUCAUUAAAGCAAGCAAAGUAGUAUGGGAAAAGUUAAAGGACCAGGACUUGCUAUUGUAAAGAAAAAAAUCCGUGAUAAUGAGCGUUUGCUGAAGAAGGAGCAUUUACCCGCAAAUGUCCGAGUAGAACAUGAACGUGCCUUAGCUGCUUUGCAAGACCAGCUUCAGGUAAUUCAGUUGGAACAUAAAAAGCUCAAGUAUUACGAAAGAUAUAAAAAAAUACGAUUUUUCGAACGUAAAAAGGCUGAAAGGCAUAUUAAGCAAUUGGAAAAGCGCCUUGGUGAUUCAUCCGUCAAUGUUUCUGAAAAAGACAAGGUGAAAGAGAAGCUUCAUAAGUAUAGGGUUGAUCUUAAGUAUAUCAAGGAAUAUCCUCCUCUUGUUAAAUAUGUCUCAUUGUAUGCAGAAGGAAACGUAGAAGCCACUGAAGAGACAAGGAAGAAAAUUUGGCGCGAAAUGGAAGAGCGCCUCUUGUCUGGUAAAAAGCACAAUCUUGGGCCUUCUGGUGCGAACAAUAUACCCGUGAAAAAGAAACAAACAUCCGAAGAAGAAUUAAACGACGAGUUUUUUGAGAAAUGAAAAAAUUACGAUCCAAUUAGGGGAAACGGAGAACGGUUUUGGAUAUACUGCGAAUAUUUUAGGUUAUUAUUAGGGAUAGUCGGAUUCAUGCAUGCAAAAUUUAAUAUUGUUUAAAUCAAUUGUCUUCUAUGAGACGCUAAUGUCAUUUUUUCUGCUUGCUGAAACUAUAGCUUUUAGACACUGGGUGAAGCAAAUACCACAUAUACGCUUCAUCAAGGAUAUGAAAUACACUAUGGAUUCUUUUGGUCUAAUAAUGUUUUUAUAGUUGUUGUAACUUUUGUUGAAACUGUCUAUCCAUUUUUUGAUUUUUUUUUUAUAAGAAUUAACGG